UUGCAUGUGCAAUGGAGCAAUCCGCGCCGAGAACAGCGGCGGCGAGGUCGUGGCUGCUGCUUCUCUGCCUCGCCGCCGUCGCCACCGCCGGCGCGCUCCAAGCUCGCGCCCAGCCCGACAGCAUCGGUUUCAUCAGCAUUGACUGCGGCCUGCCGGGGACGGCGAGCUACGUCGACGAGGCCACCAAGCUGUCCUACGCCCCGGACACCGCCUUCACCGACGCCGGCUCCAACCACAACAUCUCGGCCGAGUACAUCACGCCCAAGCUCGGCAGGCGCUACCUCAACGUGCGCAGCUUCCCCGGCGGCGCGCGCAGCUGCUACACGCUCCGGUCCCUGGAGGCCGGGCUCAAGUACCUCCUCCGCGCCACCUUCAUGUACGGCAACUACGACGGCCUCCGCCGGCCGCCCGUCUUCGACCUCCACGUCGGCGUCAACUUCUGGACCACGGUGAACGUCACGGAGGCCGACAACCCCGUGAUCCCGGAGGCCAUCGUGCUCGUGCUGGGCGACUCCGUGCAGGUCUGCCUGGUGAACACCGGCUCCGGGACGCCCUUCAUCUCCGGGCUGGAUCUGAGGCCGCUCAAGAGCACGCUCUACCCGCAGGCGAACGAGACGCAGGGCCUGGUCCUGGUCGGCAGGAUGAACUUCGGCCCGACCGAGAUCACGGACAUCGUCAGGUACCCUGACGAUCCGCACGACAGAUUCUGGUACCCAUUUGUGGACGCCACCAACUGGAGCUCGAUAUCCACGGCCAAGAGGGUGCAGAACCUGGACAAGGACCUGUUCGAGGCGCCGUCGAAGGUGAUGCAGACGGCGAUCACGCCGCGCAACGCCUCCAGCAACAUCGAGUUCUUCUGGGACGCCGAGCCGCACCCCAAGGACCCGACGCCGGGGUACAUCGGCAUCCUCCACUUCUCCGAGGUGGAGCUCCUGCCGAGCAACGCCGCGCGCCAGUUCUACAUCAACCUCAACGGCAAGCCGUGGUACCCCAAGCCCUUCACGCCGGAGUACCUCUACACCGACGCCACCUACAACAGCAACCCCUACAGGGGGAUCGCCCGGUACAAUAUCUCCAUCAACGCUACCGCCAACUCGACUCUGCCGCCGAUCAUCAACGCCGUCGAGGUGUUCUCCGUCAUCCCCACCACCAACGUCGCCACGGACUCCCAGGACGUAUCUGCCAUCACGGUGAUCAAGGCGAAGUAUCAUGUGCAGAAGAACUGGAUGGGUGACCCCUGCGUUCCAAAGACUCUUGCGUGGGAUGGGUUGACAUGCAGCUACGCCAUUUCCACUCCUCCAAGGAUUACAGGCGUAAACCUGUCAUUCAGUGGUCUGAACGGUGAUAUAUCAUCUUCUUUCGCAAAUCUCAAGGCCAUCCAAUACAUAGAUCUGUCACACAACAAUAUGGCAGGCUCAAUUCCUGAUUCUCUUUCGCAAUUAUCUUCCCUGACAGUUCUGGAUUUGACUGGCAACCAGCUCAACGGAUCCAUUCCCUCUGGACUUCUCAAAAGAAUCCAAGAUGGCUCCCUGAGUCUAAGAUAUGGCAAUAAUCCAAACCUCUGCAGCAACGGCAACUCGUGUCAGACGACGAGAGGCAAGAGCAAGAGCAAGCUAGCCAAGCUAGCCAUCUACAUUGCCGUUCCUGUAGUUCUGGUUGUGGUGAUAGUAUCAGUGGUGGUACUACUCUGCUGCUUCCUGAGAAGACAAAAGCGAGGAACGACGAACUCUGUGAAGCCUCAAAACGAGACACCGACGAGCCAUGCGCAACCAGGCGAUGCGUAUCAUCAGAACUCGCUGCAGCUAGAGAACCGCAGGUUCACGUACAAGGAGCUGGAGAUGAUCACGAAUAACUUCCAGCGCGUGCUCGGCCAAGGUGGGUUCGGGAAAGUCUACGAUGGUUUCUUGGAGGAUGGCACUCAGGUUGCAGUCAAGCUGCGGUCUGAUUCUUCCAAUCAGGGUGUUAAGGAGUUCCUAGCAGAGGCCCAGACCUUGACUCGGAUUCAUCACAAGAAUCUCGUGUCCAUGAUCGGUUACUGCAAGGAUGGGGAGUACAUGGCGCUUGUCUACGAGUACAUGUCAGAAGGAACCCUGCAAGAGCACAUUCAAGGAAAUGGCCGCAACGGAGGACACUUAAGCUGGGCACGGAGGCUCAGAAUUGCACUGGAAUCAGCGCAAGGGCUGGAGUAUCUACAUAAAGGGUGCAACCCACCUCUUAUUCACAGGGAUGUGAAGGGCGCCAACAUCCUACUGAAUUCCAAACUGGAGGCCAAGAUCGCCGAUUUCGGCUUGACCAAGGCCUUCAAUCGCGAGGACGGAACGCAAGUAUCCACAAAUUCGCUUGUCGGCACGCGCGGAUACGUAGACCCAGAGUACGUCAAUCCAGAUAGCCGUCUCAUCAAACCACUCACCACGUUCUCCAUUGUUUCCUGGACAUUCAUCCGUGCAACCACCAAAACGCGCAGGUACCACGCGACGGGUAAGCCGACGACGAAGAGCGACGUGUACAGCUUCGGCGUCGUGCUGCUGCAGCUGGUCACGGGGAGGCCGGCCGUCCUGCGCGACCCCGAGCCGGCGAGCGUCAUCCAGUGGGCGCGGCAGCGCCUGGCGCGGGGCAACAUCGAGGGCGUCGUGGACCCGCGCAUGCGCGGCGACCACGACGUGAACGGCGUGUGGAAGGCCACGGACGUCGCGCUCAAGUGCACGGCGCAGUCGGCGGCGCAGCGGCCCACCAUGACCGACGUGGUGGCGCAGCUGCAGGAGUGCCUCGAGCUCGAGGAGGCCCGCGCCGGCGGCGGCGCGAAUGGCAGCUCGUACACCGGCAGCAGCGGCGGCGACCCGUACUCGGGUCGCAACGGCUACGCCGCGGACGGCUUUGGCCUUUCCACCGACGUGAACCAGAGCAGCACCGCGUUUGAGAUGGAGCGCAACUUUGGGAGGGUACCAACGAUACCAACAGGUCCUGCUGCACGUUAAAUACUUUGGUGCCUGUCUAGUCCGAAUGUCGCAUGUCUUGUCUUUGGUGUGAUCAUGUGAUCAUGUGAACUGACUCAGUUUGACUCUCCCGGCAUGAAUCUCUACAACUCGGGCGCCUGCCCGCCUCGGUCACAGGAGAACCCGCGCAAGCGCAAUCGGAGCUGCUCCUUUCCGCCUCAGUCCGAACCACCUGUGCGUCCCGACCUCUUCGCCGGCAGUGCCAGUCCGCAGGCAGGCUGGAACGUGGGGGAAGUAGCUCCGCGCUCCAGCCCGUCCUCCAGUCCCGCUGGCCUGCCGCGUGCCCAACUCCCCAUCAUCGGGGGUCAACAUGUUACAUAGUGAAAUCUUUCCGUAGCGCUUACCUGGAGCUCGUUGUACCAUGCCAGGUCGGGCUCUCUUCUUCAACGACGACGGCGACGGUACACUCGCAGCUUCAAACGGCUGGUCGACGAAAUACGACGAGCGAGCCAGCGCGGGGCGGGAAGCAGGGGAACUGGGAAGUGAGGGAAAACUAUUCGAUGUAAUCUGGAGUCCGGAUCCUCCUGCACAAAUCGACGGCAGCGGCUCCGAGCUGAUGAUCGACGAGGCCUCCGGUGGGCGGCGGCGGCAGCUGUCCGCCCGUCCGGCCAACGGCCGAGCACGAAAGAGAGGAGGAGGUGGGAAGACUAAUCUGUAUAAGUUAGGGGGCAAAGUGCAAAGAUCAGGAUCGUGAUUAAUAGUUGCGAUCCAAAUCCGGGGGCAAAUAUAAAAUACCGGAUCGUGACUAAUAGCCGCGAUACAAAAUACCGAAGCGGGGGUAGAGCUCCGGCAACACUCGGGCUGAAGCAGCGGGGGCGGAGCA